CAAAAAAUAGUACUAAAGUUUUUCUAAUAGUGUGAACACAUUAAUUGAUAUCUCCACAUAUAAAAUUGGUCACAUGAUAUUACAGGUAAGAGUCUCACGUACCAUCAUGAUAUUUCGCGUGUAUCUUUUUGGUCUUAUUCCUAACCAUAACCAUCCCCUUUUUUUUUCUCACUAGUAUAAAUUAAGACCUCAAAAUGAAUUUUUUUUUACAAACUUUCACUUUCUCUCUCUUAAUUUCACCAUGGCUAAAGACCUCCAAAUUCCAAAAGAUUUCCAAGAGAACCAAUCACCAAACAUCAACCCUCCUCUUCCAAAUGGAUGCAAAACCCCAAAAUCUCUUUCAAGUAGGAUUCCCAAAGCUGUUAACUGUCCAGGUGCACCUAAGAAACCGAAAAGGGCAAAUCGGUCAUUUUACAAGAGAAGAUUGCGGUUUGAGAUCGUCGUCGUGGUUCCUAGGGAAGAAACUGAUUCAUUUUUCAGAAAUGCUGAAAAUGCUAACAAUGGUUGUAACAAGAUCAUGAAAAGAAGACGUACCAUGUAAACCCAUAAAAAUAUUUUUUUUUCAGUAUCAUCUUAUAUCUGAAACUCACAAAGUGACCGAUUCAUAAUAGUUGUUGCAAGAGUCUCUAGCUAGUAGAAGUCGUUUGAAUUGGUUGUAAGGUGAAGUUUCGUUUAUUUCAAUUAUCAUGUCAUGUCAUAUCAUAUCGUAUCGUAUUUUUAUCUUAGGUAAGUUAGCUAGCUAGCUAUGUAGUAGUAUCUAUUGCACCUUUGUUUUUCUUGUUUUGAUAUGUCAAAGUAUGGUUUCAAGUUUUAAUUAUGAUGGAUCUGAAUUAUGGUUGACAACAA